AUGGAAAAUUGUAUACCUAAGAAUUUCACUCUUUCUGGAACGGCAGGAUUUGGGCUAACCCUCAGAGAACCAUUUACGACUAUUAGAACUUACAUAAAAAAUAAAACUAAAUUCUUAGAAACGGCAAAUAACAAAGAUUUAUUUAGAAAUGAAUGCAAACAAUUAGCUGAUUAUCUAAUUAAUAAUAUGUCUCCUCCUCAGGGUACAAGCCAAAUUAUGUGGGAAUCCUUAUUAAAGUUUUGGUUAAAUCAGUACUUUAAGGGUAUAACUAAUUAUGGUGGAUGCCCCAUGAUCUUAAAAAAAGAACAUAAAGAACUUUUAGAAUUAAAAUAUAAAGAAGAGGAUUUUUGUAAAAAAAGAACUAUAGAUUUGAAGGAAAUAGAGAACUUAAAAAAAACUAACUCAGGUAAAUGUGAAACUAUAUGUUUAAAAAAAUGCAAAGCAUAUAAUGCAUGGAUUAUAGAGAUGCAGAAGCAAUUUGAAGAAAAGAAAAGUCUCUUUAAAAAUUGUUACACAAAAGAAAGUCCCAAAAAAAAAUCAAAAAAACAAAUCCCAGAACCAGUAUGCAACAUAUUGGAUCAGAAUACAUUUAAAGAACUUUCUGAAUGUAUAACCCCGAAUUCAGUAGAAACUACUGAAAGUUUACUUGAAACAGAAAGUAAAGGUUUAGAAACUCAAAUUCAAAAUACAGAUCAAAUUAUACCCAAAUCUCACGUCCAACAAGAAACAGAUGUGCAAGUUACACCCGAACAUCCAACUGAAAUUGAAUCACAUAUUUCACAACCUCCACCAGAACAUAUUAAAAGUGAAGUUUCAGAAAUUAAACAUUCAACUAAAGAAACUGAGGAUUCACAAUCUUUAGCAGAUGCAUCAUUAGAAAAAGCUAAAAUUUCUGAAGAUGUACAUGUAGCAUCAGAAGAUACUAAUGAAUCAUCACCUCCAACUGUUCAAGACAUGCAAUUAUCUCCUGAUCGUGAGAAUACCCAAACAACUGAUAAAUCAUCGAUAUAUACCUUAGAACAUAGUCCUCCUCAAAUACCCCAUACUACAGGUACGACAUUAAAUCCAAGAGAUAAAUAUACAUCAUCUAUUUUAAUAAGCUUGGUAAUUAUUAUUAUAUUUUCUCUUUUUAUUAAAUUUGCUUUAACUGGAAUGUUUAAAAAAAAAAAAAAGAUAAGUAGAAGACAUGUGAAAUUUCUGAGAUUGCUUGUACCUUCAUUUUCUAACAAGAAAAGUAAAAUUUUUACGGAUGAUCCUUUAGAACACACAAUAUAUGAUGAUGAAGAAAUUAUAAAAAAAAUAAAAAUAAAUGAACUUACAAAAAAUGUAAAUUUAUCAAAGCGAACAAGAGACAGAUCCAAAAUCAUAGUAGAAGUACAUAUGGAAGUACUCGAAGAAUUCAGAAAUAAAGAAUGGGAAAACAUCCAAGACGAAUUUUUAGAAAUAUGCAUAGAUGAGUUCACAAAAGAGGAUAAUAUAACCUUUCCUAAUUUAAUUGAUGAUGAUCUAAUAAUAGAAAAUAUUAAAUGUAUCAGUGAUAUUAAAAAACAAAAUAUUCUAUGGAAUAAAUGGAUACAAAGACAUAAAAAUCUUUCUCAAAAUCUGAAAAAAGACGAUUGGUUUAAUAAUUUGAAGGAUGAAUGGAAAAGAGAAGUAUCUUACAUACAAGAAAUGGAAGAAAUAAAAAAGAAAUCUUCAAAUGAAAAUCAAAAAGUUUCAUUUUUAGAAAGAGAAAAAGAUAUAUGGAGACAGUGGAUAUCAAAAAAGGGUAUGAUUAUACAACAACAUCUUGAUCAGUACUGGAAUAAUGGAUUAGCAGAGGAGUUGCAGAAUAUCUCAGAUGAAUAUGUAAAUGAAGAUACUAAAAAUUAUGUAUCACUAUUAAAUGUAGAAGAAUUGAAGCACAAAGAAAAUUAUGAAGAAUUAUAUAAAUAUAUAAAAAAAAAAUUAUUAACAAAGCUUUGUAUUCUCGUGCUUAUAGCAGUAUUAGAAGAAUGUAAAAAGGAGGUAAACCUUGAAAAUAGGGAAUCAUAUUUGGAUAGAUCCAUAAAUGAAUGGAAGGGAGAAAGAUAUUCAAGUAAAAAACAAGAAAUUACAGAAAAUAUAAUUGAAUAUAAUAACAAUGAUAUAGAAAAUAAAAGAAAUGAGGAAUUUGAUGCUCAUAUAUGGAAAGAUUGUUUCAGAAAUGAGAUAGAAGAUUGGAUAAGAGAAGAUGAUUUAUAUGCAAAUUCUAUAGUUAGUGAUAGAACAGUAGACAAAUCGGAUGAAAUAGCAGAAAAACCGUUUCUAUAA